CUUGAAUUUUUGAACAAAAAAAACGGAUGAGGAAGAACGGGGAAGCUCGGACUUGAAAUAAGGCAGAAAGAAAAAUUUAAUUGCGCUUCGGCCGAAUGUGACGAGGAAAUAUGACGGAGAGGGGUGCGGGAGAGGAGAGACGCGGCGUCCCGCUUUCAAACGGAAACGUUUAGGCGUUGUGUGUGUGACGGUUGCAGGGAGGGACUGAAUUCAUCCGGCGAGGGGGAGAGAACUAAGCGAGCAGCCAGACGGAGAGGGGCGAGUGCAACUGUGGCCGGAAUGGUGGACCGUACGGACUGAGCGCUGGGAAGCGGAGAGCGCGUCGAGCCGCGGCGCUGGCCAUGCCGUCGAGUGCACGGGCCGGGAGCCUGAAGGACCCAGAAGUGGCCGAGCUGUUCUACAGAGAGGACCCGGAGAAACUGUUCACUGACCUGCGGGAGAUUGGACAUGGCAGCUUUGGCGCCGUGUACUUUGCUCGGGAUGUCCGCACAAAUGAGGUGGUGGCGAUUAAGAAAAUGUCCUAUAGCGGCAAGCAGUCCAACGAAAAAUGGCAGGACAUUAUCAAAGAAGUCAAGUUCUUGCAGAAGUUACGACACCCCAACACUAUUGAGUAUAAAGGAUGUUACUUGAGGGAGCACACAGCCUGGCUGGUGAUGGAGUACUGCUUAGGUUCAGCAUCUGACCUUCUGGAAGUUCACAAGAAGCCACUACAGGAAGUGGAAAUAGCUGCUAUUACCCAUGGCGCACUGCAGGGUUUGGCGUAUCUUCACUCUCACAACAUGAUUCACAGGGAUGUGAAGGCAGGGAACAUCUUGCUGACGGAACCUGGUCAAGUGAAGCUGGGAGAUUUUGGUUCUGCCUCCAUCGUUUCUCCCGCCAACUCCUUUGUGGGCACACCCUACUGGAUGGCCCCGGAAGUGAUUCUCGCAAUGGAUGAGGGCCAGUACGAUGGCAAGGUGGACGUAUGGUCACUGGGCAUAACCUGCAUAGAGCUAGCGGAGAGGAAGCCCCCCCUUUUCAACAUGAACGCUAUGAGUGCCUUAUACCACAUCGCCCAGAACGAGAGCCCUGUCCUGCAGUCAAACCACUGGUCAGAUUUUUUUCGUAACUUUGUCGACUCGUGUCUGCAGAAGAUCCCCCAGGACAGGCCUACCUCUGAUGUACUGCUCAAGCACCGGUUCCUUUGUCGAGAACGCCCCGUGUCUGUGGUGUUGGACCUGAUAGCGCGGACGAAGGACGCAGUCAGGGAGCUGGACAACUUGCAGUAUCGCAAGAUGAAGAAGAUCCUGUUCCAGGAGACGCACAAUGGCCCCACGACAGAGGGAGGGGAGGAGGAGGAGUCAUCUUCCAUCUCUGUCCCCGUGUGUCAGGAGGUGGAGCAGUACAUGCUGCGGACCGGCACUAUCAACAGCAUGGAGAGCUCCCAUUCGGUGCCCUCCAUGUCCAUCAGCGCCAGUUCGCAGAGCAGCUCUGUCAACAGCCUGGCGGACGGCUCCGACGACAGCGGCGAGAUGGCCAUGAUGCAGGAGGGCGAGCACACGGUCACUUCCAACAGCUCCGUCAUCCAUCUGCCCCCGGGUCACGAGAACAUUUAUGAUGACCCUUAUCAGCCUGAGCUCGAUGCCCCGCAGCAGGCCUCUUCGGGAGCCCGCCGGAGGGCCUACUACCGCAACCGGGACCACUUUGCCACCAUCCGCACAGCCUCCCUGGUGACGCGACAGAUCCAGGAGCACGAGCAGGGCUCGGCUCUGCGGGAGCAGAUGUCCGGCUACAAGCGCAUGCGACGACAGCACCAGAAGCAGCUGAUGGCGCUGGAGAACAAGCUGAAGGCCGAGAUGGACGAGCACCAGCUGCGCCUGGACAAGGAGCUGGAAACACAGAGGAACAGCUUUUCGGGGGAGGGAGACAAACUGAGCAAAAAGCACCAGGCGAUCUUGGAGAAGGAGACCAAGGCAGCACUGGCAGAGGAGAAGAAGUUCCAGCAGCACAUCCUGAGCCAGCAGAAGAAGGAGCUGUCCACCCUGCUGGAGUCUCAGAAGCGCCAGUACCGCCAACGCAAGGAGCAGCUCAAGGAGGAGCUGAACGAGAACCAGUCGACACCGAAGCGGGAGAAGCAGGAGUGGCUGGUGCGCCAGAAGGAGUGUCUGCAGCAGCAGCAGGCGGAGGAGGAGGCGGCGCUGCUGCACCGCCAGAGGCAGUACUACGAGCUCCAGUGCAGGCAGUACAAGAGGAAGAUGCUGCUGGCCCGGCACAACCUGGAGCAGGAUCUGCUGAGAGAGGAGCUGAAUAAGAAGCAGACCCAGAAGGACCUGGAAUGCGCACAGCUGCUGCGGCACCACGAGUCCACGCAGGAGCUGGAGUUCCGGCAGCUGGCCUUAGUGCAGCGCACCCGGGCCGAACUGAUCCGCACGCAGCACCAGACAGAGCUCACCAACCAGCUUGAGUACAACAAGCGGCGCGAGCAAGAACUACGGCAGAAGCACGCCGUGGAGGUGCGCCAGCAGCCCAAGAGCCUCAAAGUGAGUGAGCCCCGAGAAGGAGGGGCGGGCGGGGGGGAGCCGGACCCCGGCAGCGACGGCACUGACCGGAACCUUGGUGCACUUCUCAGGGAGGUAGUCGGGGAGGGCGAGGGAAAUGCAGACGUGCUUUCGGAGGGCGAAGGGGAGCAGGAGGAGCAGGAGAGUGAUGACACAGGGGGGGCUGGAGGGAGUCCAGAGAUGCCGGGAGUCUCAGUGCUGGGAAAGGUCUUUGAAGGAGGAGGCGGCAUCACUAGCCAGACUGCAGCCAUAGAGGAAGAGCAGAGCGCGUGGACGAGUGAGGAUGGUGUGCCGGAGGGAUGCGAGGCAGAGGGCGCCGGCAUUUUUGAGGGGGUCACGGCCCUCGGCCCGGAGGACGAGCGGAAGGCCGAGGGAGAGGGUCAGUGGUCAGACGGGGAGGUGCGAGGCAGGCCUGGGCCCCCCGAGGGCGCCGUGUGGGAGGAGGAUUACGGAGGAAGCGACACAGACAUGGAAGCGGGAGAUGAGGAGGACGAGGGCAGGGGCGUGGCGGACGGCGGCACCUCCGAGGAGGUGUCCGUCCAUCCGGAGCGACACAGGGAGCGCGAGGCAGACGAGCUCUCAGAGUUCUACUUCCCCGAGUCUGUGGAAGAGCUGGACUCGCCUCCCCUGUCUGUCCCCCCUGCUCCUCCCGCCCCCCACCCUUCCCUCCCGUCACUUUUCUCCCACGCCAUCUGCCUGGUCCUGUCACUGUCGGCUGCAGCGCGCCCCACCCUGCUCGUCCUGCUGGUCCUCUCCAUCUUUCUGCUGUCUCUCCGGCGCUCGCCCCCACUCCCGUCGCUGCCCUCGCUGCUCCUUUCUGCCGAGCUCAUCCUCAUGGCGCUCUUCUUCUCCUACCUCUUCCUGCGCUCGUGCUGCUCCCUCUCUCUGUCCCUUUACCUCACCUUUGCCCUCUGGGGCUGCGGCCUCUUCAGUUUAGGCCUCUCAGUGAGCCUUGGCCUCUACUACGUCCCCGUGGCCCUGGUGUCGGCCUUCUUCCUCAGCUCGCCAUCCCUCUUCCUCUCCCUCUACCUGCUCAUCGUGUUGGUGGUGCGCCCGGCGCGGCUCUUCUUGCAAAAUGCCCCAAAGAAACUGAACCGGCUGUGGGUGCGAGUCCUCUUCAGGCUCCCCAAGCCCUUGUUCACCGUGUGCCAGUCUCUGCUGGGCGGCCUCGCCGAGAGAAGCUUGUAUGACAUGUUCCCCAAGGCGGGUCGGAACUGGGGGGUGCGCCAGUCCAAAAUCCCCGUGCCCCUGAGGACGCUCCCGCCCGAGUAUUUGUCGCGACUCGCCAGGGCCUCGGCCGCCUCCAAGGCCUUGCUAUGGGUUCGCCGCUUCCUCAGGCGGCCCAUCGGAGCCCUCGCCGACUGGGCCAACGCGGUGGUGCUCAAGCUGGCCGGGCGCCUGCUGGGAAAGCUGCCCAGGAGGUACCUGAGCAAGAUGAGGACCUUGGGCCUGCUGCGGGAAGAGAGGGCGAGCCGGCUGCCCCGGCUGCUGCCCCGGGAGGUGCGGGAACGGCGCGACAGGGAGCGCAGGAGGAGGGAGAGGGAGCGCAGGAGGAGGGAGGACAGAGAGAGGAUGAUGAGGGAGGCCGGGAGGUGGGAGUGCGGCUUGAGGCGAACGGCAUCGGGAAGGAGCAUAAGGGGAAAGGUGAUUCCCUGGCGAUAGGAGGGGGGGGGGGGGCUGGGCUGGGCUGGGCUGGGGGGCACAUGUUCAUGCAAAUGUACAGUGUUCUGUUUCAUAUGUUCCUGUGUUUAUAUUACAUUGCGUCAAUGUUGUGCUUGACUUCAGUCAGUUUCUUGGCCCCCUGCUAUAACGGGGGGGGGUGGGACAGAAGCAAAGAACAUGCGGUCAGUCACCGAAUGUGAAUUCACCCCCGACCCCUGCAUGUGCUUGUCCUACAAGCGUGUGAAUGUUGGUCCUUGGCAUGUAGUGGCCUCCCCCCCCAGUUUCCUU